GAUUCACCAUCUUCACACAUUCACAUUCACAUUCACAAUAAUAAUAAUAAUAAGAUUCUGGCAGUCCACCGAUGCAACACCUUUCCAUCUUUUCAUUGGUUCAAAUCUCUUUAUUCCACCUCAUUUCGCCUUGCUUACGAUCAAAAAUCGGUAAAGAACUCUCCAGUUGCUUUCAGGGUUCCGAAUACCAAAAAAUCAUUGAAGGGAUUUGAAAAUAGCGGAGCCCAAGACAACAAACUAAAUCAUAAGGAAUCCAUUCCAUCCCUCCUAUUUUUUUAUUGACUUCAAGAAUCUGAAACAGGGUUGCUUUUUUAUUACCCUUUCGGAGCCUUUCUUCAUAUCUUCACCACUUCACCACUUCACUUUUUGAGAGGAGAAGAUUCAUCCACCAUUCUUUUCUUCUUCGACUUCUUCUUCUCAUCCUCUCUUCCACACCUUGGUACCAUCGCUGGUGCUUUACAUUUUGACUGCGUGUUCUAUUCGUGAAUCAGAAUAAAGAAUUUCGGGUUGAACUACAUUCACUCUUUUGCUUCGCUUGCCAAGGAGAGGGUCGAUUCGAUCUAUCUGACCGUCCGUUCCUGAAGCCCACGGAUUGACACCGCCAUACGAGAAUAUACCUCUGAAUCUUGGACACAACCAACACUCCUCUUUUGUUCCAUUUCUCAUCCAUCAAGUAUUGAUAAAAUCUCAAAGAUUUUGUCAGUAUUGAUACUACACUUAACAUUUGUAUAAUCUCGAUCACUCAAGAAGGGGUUCUUGAUUAUUUUCUACAACCAUGGCGUACUCUGGAAACGGAGGCUAUGAUGAGCAUAAGCUCCAAGACCUUCCACCUGGAGGGGGCAACUACCAUCACCCUCAAGAUGAAGAGGAAGGAGCUUUACCUUUACUCGAUUCUGGAGGACAUGGCGGCCCAUUCAACAGCCCUUACGACUCUCACUCCCAAGGAGGCCUUCGAGCGAAUACUCCUCCAGUCAGACCUGUUUCUGCCUACAGUCUUACAGAAACGUAUGCGAACGAUCCACAACCAUACAGCAGCGAUUACAACUCAUCCCACACAUACAAUGAGCAGUUAGAAGAUAACCCAUACCCACAAACCGACACUCCUUUGUCAAGAGCCGGGACUACCUCCACAGAGGCAUGGAGACAACGACAAGCCCCUCAGGCUGGAGGUCUCAAACGUUAUGCUACAAGAAAGGUUAAGCUUGUCCAGGGAAGCGUCUUGAGUGUCGAUCAUCCAGUACCCAGUGCUAUCAAAAAUGCAAUUCAGCAAAAAUACAGAAAUGAUUUGGAGGGUGGCAGCGAGGAAUUCACACAUAUGCGUUACACCGCUGCAACUUGCGAUCCCGAUGAAUUUACUCUGAAAAAUGGUUACAAUCUACGACCUGCCAUGUACAAUCGUCAUACUGAGUUGCUCAUUGCCGUUACCUAUUACAACGAAGACAAGCAGUUGACUGCACGUACUCUUCACGGUGUCAUGCAAAACAUCCGUGAUAUUGUCAACCUCAAGAAAUCUGAUUUCUGGAAUGUCGGCGGACCAGCAUGGCAAAAAAUUGUUGUCUGCCUUGUUUUUGAUGGUAUCGAUCCUUGCGACAAAGACACACUCGAUGUUCUUGCUACAAUUGGUAUCUACCAAGAUGGUGUCAUGAAGAAAGAUGUUGAUGGAAAGGAGACUGUUGCUCACGUUUUCGAGUACACAACACAACUUUCGGUUACUGCCAGUCAACAACUUAUCCGCCCAACCGAGGGUGAUGCCAACUGUCUUCCUCCGGUGCAAAUGAUGUUUUGCUUGAAGGCAAAGAACACAAAGAAGAUUAAUUCCCAUAGAUGGCUGUUCAAUGCAUUUGGUCGUCUCCUUAACCCCGAAGUUUGCAUCCUUUUGGAUGCCGGUACGAAGCCAGGACCUAAAUCGUUGUUGUCUUUGUGGGAAGGUUUCUACAACGACAAAGAUCUAGGAGGUGCUUGUGGAGAGAUUCACGCUAUGUUAGGAAAGGGAGGCAAAAAGCUUCUGAACCCGCUUGUUGCAGGUCAAAACUUCGAGUAUAAGAUCAGUAACAUUCUUGACAAGCCUCUAGAGAGUUCUUUCGGAUAUGUCAGUGUGUUGCCGGGAGCUUUCUCUGCAUACCGAUUCCGAGCUAUUAUGGGACGGCCUCUUGAACAAUACUUCCACGGAGAUCACACUUUGUCCAAGAUUCUUGGAAAGAAGGGUAUCGAGGGAAUGAACAUUUUCAAGAAGAACAUGUUCUUGGCCGAGGACAGAAUUCUCUGUUUCGAGCUUGUAGCCAAGGCUGGUAGCAAGUGGCAUUUGACUUAUAUCAAGGCAGCUAAAGGAGAAACUGAUGUACCUGAAGGAGCUGCUGAAUUCAUUGGUCAACGUAGAAGAUGGCUUAACGGUUCCUUUGCAGCAGGAAUGUAUUCCAUCAUGCAUUUCGGCAGAAUGUACAAGAGUGGUCACAAUAUUGUCCGCAUGUUCUUCUUGCACAUUCAAUUCUUAUACAACGUCUUCUCCAACUUUCUCAGUUGGUUCAUGUUAUCUUCUUUCUGGCUCACUACUACUGUUAUUAUGGAUCUUGUCGGUACCCCUACUGCUGCUUCGGACACUACUGCCCUUCACCAUGGCUGGCCUUUCGGUGAUACUGCUACCCCCAUCAUCAACACGAUUCUGAAAUAUCUCUACUUGGGAUUCCUACUCGUUCAAUUCAUUCUGGCUCUUGGUAAUCGGCCUAAGGGAUCCAAGGCUACUUAUAUUGUCUCCUUUGUCGUUUUUGGUGUUAUCAAUCUCUACGUCCUUGUUCUAUCCAUGUAUCUGGUCGUUCGUGCUUUCUCGUCAGGAGAUAGUCUCGAUACUAGUAGUGCGAAAGAUUUCUUUGAGAGUUUCUUCGGAGAUAGUUCGAGUUCCGGAGCUGGUAUCAUUAUUCUUGCUUUAGCUGCUACAUUUGGAUUGUACUUCGUUGCAUCCUUCAUGUAUAUGGAUCCAUGGCACAUGUUCCAUUCUUUCGGACCGUACUUGUUGCUCAUGUCAUCUUACAUCAACAUUCUCAUGGUGUACGCUUUCAGUAAUUGGCACGAUGUUUCUUGGGGUACCAAGGGAUCUGAUAAAGCAGAAGCUCUUCCGUCAGCUAAAACUACGAAGGUUGAUGGUAAAGCAGCAGUCAUUGAAGAAAUCGACAGACCGCAAGAGGAUAUUGAUAGUCAGUUUGAGGCAACUGUCAAGCGUGCUCUUAGUCCAUUUGUUCCUGAAGUUGAAGAUGAGAGUAAGACCUUGGAAGAUUCUUACAAAUCUUUCAGAACCAAGCUUUUGAUCUCUUGGGUAUUCUCAAACGCGUUGUUGGCUGUUGCUAUCACUAGUGACAGUGUUGAUGGAUUUGGUUUCGGAAAUACUGCAUCAAUAAGAACUGCUAAGUUUUUCGAAAUUUUGCUUUACUCAACGGCUUUCUUGGCACUUAUUCGAUUCCUCGGAUGUUCUUACUUCUUGUUCAAGUCUGGUAUCAUGUGCUGCUUCAUGAGACGUUAAACAAGACUUAUAUCAUACAUACUCUAGAAGGAAAUAUCGGUACUCGUAACAUUAAAAGGUUAUGAGUAAUAGAUGUUUCUUUUUCACAAAAUUGGGGGGGGGGGCGGAGAGGAGGAUGGACCCUUUAUACGGAGCGUGAGCACCUAUCAUUGGAAAGGAAACAGCGCGUGAAUCUACAUCAAGCAACCAUUUUUGCAUUUUUGCUUCACAUAUGGGAGUUUUCAGAUUUUUUCUUCUUCCUAGGCGGUCUCUCUAUAUUGCAUGUUUGAGUAGGCGUUUCCGUUUAAUACUAUUGAAUACCCUUAUGAAUGAAUAAUCAUUCGUAUCUAUUGAGCUAGAUGACAUCUUUCAUGAAGAAUCCAAUGUGCACUGCGUCAAACCAUGAGAAAUUUGCGUAAAUGUUUAUAAUGAUUUGAAUGUACCAACUGAAUUGAGAACUUUAGAUGGUCUGAAUGCACAGAAUGAUUUGAGUAUAUUAGAUACUUUGAAUACACAAAAUGAUUUGACUA